AUGGAACACAAGAACAAUGUGACUGAAUUUGUCCUCCUGGGACUCACUCAGAACCCGGAGAUACAGAAAAUAUUGUUUGUUAUCUUCUUAGCCAUCUACAUUAUAACUAUGGGGGGCAACCUUCUGAUUGUGGUAACAGUGAUUUCCAGCCAUUCCCUGGGAUCCCCCAUGUACUUCUUCCUUGCCUAUUUAUCUCUUAUGGAUGCUGUCUAUUCCACAGCAGUUUCCCCCAAAAUGAUCAUAGACUUGCUCUAUGAGAAGAAGACUAUUUCCUUCCAAGCUUGCAUGAGCCAGCUUUUUAUUGAACACUUAUUUGGUGGUGCAGAGGUCUUCCUCUUGGUGGUAAUGGCUUAUGAUCGUUAUGUGGCCAUUUGUAAGCCCUUGAACUACUUGGUUAUCAUGAGACGUCGUGUAUGUGUUCUGUUGCUGGUUGUAGCCUGGGUAGGAGGUUUCCUUCAUUCAAUGGUUCAGCUCCUUUUCAUUUUCAGGCUCCCAUUCUGUGGCCCUAAUGUCAUUGAUCAUUUCAUCUGUGACAUGUACCCCUUAUUGGAACUUGCCUGUACCAAUACCUAUGUCAUUGGACUCUCAGUGGUUGCUAAUGGAGGAGCUAUCUGUGUUGUCAUCUUUACAAUGUUGCUGAUCUCCUAUGGGGUCAUCCUACACUCCCUGAAGACUCACAGUCUAGAAAGUAGACGAAAAGCCCUCUCUACCUGCAUGUCCCACAUUACAGUUGUUGUCUUAUUCUUCGUUCCUUGCAUUUUCAUGUAUGUUAGGCCUGUCUGUACAUUUUCCAUUGAUAAAACCAUGACUGUAAUUUUUACUAUGAUCACCCCUAUGUUGAACCCCUUAAUCUACACCCUGAGAAACAAGGAGAUGAAGAAUGCCAUGAGAAAGCUUUGGAACAGAAAAAAUGACCCAAUGAAACACUGA